CACACAAUGUACCAGUGUGUAUAUUAUGUCUCCCAACCCAAACACCACCUGUCGAUAAGCAAAGGUCUUGGAACUGAGUUCGCACUUUCAGAUUACGCCAGGUGUAGGAUACCCUUAAGUCACUAAGUUUAAGUUUCAAUCCUGGACUUUAGUAAGUGGAGACUCUGGACAGGGUCUUUGUGGAGGUCCCUACCCUCUUUAACAGAAGUGAAAAAGUUGGACAGGCCUUCCGUAGCAUGUUAUUCCAUUGUUGGAUUUUGAAAAGGAAAGACCCUGGGCAAGAUUUUAGUGAAAUGUAACGAGGCUAUGUCCAGGAUGGCGUUCAACUUGGAUGAUUACAUCAUAGAUUGUUUGUUUCCAGCGAAGGGUGCACCAGCUCAAACGUUUUAUCCGCUAUUCUUCACCAGGAUUCAUCUGGAGUUCUGGUCUGACGUCUUGUUUCACUACACGGUGGCCUUCACGAAGUUAUCAGUCUUAAUUUGUCUGCCUGUUAUGAUUUGUGUGCUGGUGAAGAAGUCGCUGACAGUAACGGGGAUAAAACAAAAGAUGUCCAACAACAACGCGCAGUCCAACGUUGUCGACUCAGUCAAAAGCUGGUACAAAGACAGUAUUCUGAAUACUCCAUGUUCCUUGUGGUUUUCAAAAUUGAUUCAUCACAGUAAAAUUUGGACGACGGAGUACUCCGACAAAAUAGACAAUGGUAGCUUUUUUGACGCUGAGGAAACCAGAAUAAAAACACACUCAGCAAAGCAAAAAGCUGAAGAAAAAACACAACAGAAGCACAUUGAUCAGCAAGAGGAUCAAACUAGAGGCCCACCGGUUAAGAAGUCCGCUGUUGAUGAACUUCAGAGUAAGGAGACUUCCCAGAUUAGCGAAGUUGUCACAGAUAGCACCUGUCGCUGUUCGACGAAGGAUGAAGUUAAAAAAUCUGUUCAAUCUAAGCAAACUUCUAAAAAACAAAGUAAGAAAGAAGACAUAAAAAACAAGCCAUUCGUUGGCAAGGGAACAGGGGAGAGAAAUUCCAAGAACAAAAAGGUUUACAGCAGAACUAGCCCUUUUGAGGUGGACCAGCUUACGGGAGAGAUGUGCGUGUGCCGAAAGAAAGUCCAAGAUAUCAUUUUCUCGUCGGAAACAUUCUACAAAGACGCAAAGAGCGCAGACAAGAUAAGCCAGGCCAACCUCGUGGCGCCUCUUCAUGAGACUACAGCUACUUUAGUCCAGGCCAAUACUUCGGAGAAGCAUCUUGUGAUUGAGGCAGUGGCUGGACGACAGCGUCCUCUGGAAAUUAUUCUUAGAAAAUCAAGGUCAUCUUUAGACGUAGACGAGGCCACGUCUGACUUAAUGAUUGGAGACAUAAAUUCCAUUAGAGAAAAAUACGCCAAAAACACCAUUUUAAUUUCAGGAGACUGUGCCAAACCUGUGGCAACAAUUAACACGCGCCCCAAACACGAGAAAAGCGCGCACGUUUUCCAGGAACUUGCCAAUACAAAAGUUAUUGGCCAGCUACAAAAAGGAGCGGUAAAGCCGCAGACAGAGAAGAUUCGACCAGAAAAUCGCCACGUAGAGCAGCAGACUGAAAAGAAUCCUUUAAGAGAACAGUUACAGCAAACUGACGAGAUAGAAGAUGACAUGCACUCCGAGGAACUUUCAGAGCGCAAAAAAGAUGUAAAGAUUCAAGAGAAACCACAAAUCGUAAACAAACAUCUUGAAUUAAAACAAUACAAACAUGCUCUGCAGGUCACUAAGCGUCGAGCACCGACCACCUCGAUGUUUCACUGGAAAUCUCGUCAAGGGGGACAACUACAAAAACAUCAAUUGUCUAAAACAAUUACAGAAAACAAAGCAGCAAAUCUUAGUUUGAAUUUAUCGUUUGGUGAGACCAAAAACACCAAGGUAUUUUCACCGACAACAAGUGGUACCAUUUUAGAGCCAUCUGGAAGAAACACCCAAGAAAUUUCAAAAAUUGUCUUGCAGAUCAGCCAUGAACCCUUAUUGAACAAAUAUUUGUUAGGCUCGUCCAAAGACAUUCUAAGUACAAAUAUAAACAAAAAGACCAAUCACAUUUUCAAUGACAUUAUAGAGUCUUGCAGAUGCGUUGAAGAUGAUAUUAGUGCCUAUGCAGCCGAGUCUAAAGACCAUGUAGGCAGUUCAAAGUCUGAAUGCAAUGGUUCGUCAGAGACGCUGUUUAAUGUGAGCCCAUGUUACAAUGAACUAACUUCAGAACCGCUACAAGACAGUAUCGCGGAUGAGCGAACCAGCGAGCGAUCGAGUCACACUUAUCAGAUCGGAUACAGCCACAGUUAUAUUUCCUAUACCUAUAGUUCCGUGAGUAGUCGUCCGCCGAAACCCAUAAUUAAAACACAGCAACGUGACAGUGAUGAGGAUGAGAGCUCUGAAAAUGUCACCUAUACUUUGGAUAGUGCCGACUCAAGUUCCAGUGAUGUACGGAUUACCAACAAGGAGUACGGUCACGUAAACGGCCCGUUAUCGAAAGUGCUUGGGAGCAAGCCUCCCAUGGGGAAGCAAAAAACUUUGCCAGAAAAACAUUUAUGUCAGUUCAAGCCGAUAGAAACAUUUCCGAGCAAAACGAAAGACUGCAAUACGAAGUUCAACCGCGAGCGUCCAAUUGAGCAGAAGAAAGAAAGCGGCCAUAAUAAAAGUGUUCUCAAAACGAGGGGACACCAAGAGGAAGUAACUGAUGCUCCCACGUCUGAAAGUACGGUAACUAGAACACUGAGUGAUCGUUCUUACCAAUCUAUAUUUGGCUGUAAACUCCCAAGACGCAUUAUCCCUAAAGACAAUACGCUGAAUGUUAGGUAUAACCAAGAAAAACAAAACCAAGCCAAGGGCCCCUCAAAAAACGCUGGAUAUCAUUUGAAAGGCGAAACUAUUCUGAAACAGAAUACUGUAGUGUGUCGACCUAGUUCAAAACCCUUGACAGGUCAACUGAAACACCCGGAUGAGUUGUCUGUCGGGACCACGACGGCUGACGUGUUCAACUGCUUAAUAGAUUCGGCUGACAAACUGAACACAAUAUAUACCCUAGCCAAAGUGCGUAGUCACGUGUGCGCGGGCGUCAUAAGGAACAAAUUGAACAACACAAAGUUUCAUCCUUACGUCAUUCCCAUCCCGCCCGAUAAAGUGCCAAAACUUAGGACCGUUUUUAACAACCAACCCAGUAAAACAUUACAUAAACCUAGUAUUGACCACAUCCCAAGUUCUGCAAAUAGAAACCUACCGAAGGUAAAGAACGCAGCAUUUCAUUGUAAAGAGCGAUUCAUAGGGUUGAAACCUCUUAGAGCACCAACUGGGAGUAAAACUCAUAAACAAGAGAGCGCGUUAAAAGAUAAAAAAAUAACGCUCGUCUCUAAAAAAAUCUGUUUCCAAACGAAUCCCAGAUUACUUCAGCAGAGGCCCGCGAUGUCUCGAGUAAAAAUUCCACCAACUAUCCCUGAAAAUGUCGAAAAGUUAGACUGGCCAACUAAUUACAGGUGGGAGAAAAGUUAUGAGAGUAAAACUAAAAGGACAAACGUACUGGAGGACAGGAGGCUAUUCAAGCAGGAUGAAAAGGCAACGGAGACGAAGGCACAGAAAUCAGAGCCUAUAAAAGCGUUAUCAAAUGUAAACAAAGCGUUGGAAUCAUAUGGCAACGACCAAGCAAGAAAAGACCAGACUAAGCUGACGUCGAUAAGCAAAUUGGUCUUCAGAAACCGGGAGAUAAGCAAGAACGUGUGUAUGAUCGAGUCUCUCCAGCCAAACAUUAGCAAUGAGAUGACACAGAAAGAACUACUAAAGGAACAUGACAAAACAAGCAAAAAUGAAAUUGAAACGCCCUUGAAUACAGUGAUUGAGGACAAGAUGAACGACACACAACGUGUUCCCACACCAACAUUAAGUUACGUGGACUGGUCACUCGCUGACCAGCGAAAGGAGAUGAGCAAAGGGCGUAAAUUGAACAAUGAAACCCCAGACCUGUCCUGUUUGCGGAAUGUCCACUCAUUGGAUGAUCUCUCCGCCUUAUCAACAUCCAAUGCUCAGGAUGUUAACAUCCCACAAAAAACAUCAUUCAGAGUCAUCAAGACCAGUCAAGAAAACGGAACCCCACCUGAUGACGCUCCUCAAAAGACGACAUGGGCAAGUUCCUUGAUUCUAAAUAAUCCCAAGUCAAAAACAGAUACAGAGCAUUUCUUAACAAACAACCAAUGCAAAUCGAUCAUCAAUGAGAAGAGCACUUUGAGUACCACCUUCUGGACUUCCAAUGUUCAUGUUACUCCAAUGCUUUCACCACCUUGCUUACAUAGAAGAGAGCAUUCACUAUUGGGCUCUGACAAACAGACACUUGUGUCCGAUACGUUUGACCAAAUGAAACAAAAGUCAACCCAUUUCCCACAGACCCACCUUUCAGAAAGCCAAUCAGUUAACAUUGAAACGGCAAAGCAAGUCAAAACUAACAAAAGACAGCGCCCCAGUCGUAUACCUCGGUACAUCCAACUUCAACGCAGCUCUAGAGAUAAGGCCUCAGUAUCCCUAAUGAAUCCAGACAAGAAACGCGCUGACUGUAACAAUAUUGUUGAUGCUAAAAAAAUUGACGCCUGGGAAAAUAAACAAACUGAAAAAAACAAUUCUCCAUCGUCUCCGAAAUUGCAUUUGCCGGAUAAUAAGCUGAAAAGCCAAAGUGAAUUGAAAGUAUCAAAAAGUCCGAGAUCACCAAGUCAAGGGUCUCAUAAUAUUAGUUUUAGGAAUUCUGAUUCUGGUUUAAAACAUGUCCUUCCAUUAUUGAUGGAUCGUGUUCAGGAUUCCAUUAUCAUUAUCACCCCUGAGAAAAAAGUGAAAAACCUGAAUCUAAUCAUGAGCAAGUGCAAUAAAAUGCUCAACACUUUAGAGAACUCUUCAGAAACGAGUUUGCCUAUGAGAAAAACCCAAUAUCUUGAGAGGAAAAAAAUUGGCGAAAUCGAGUUCCAUCAAAGUAAUGUGGACAAAACUAAUGACUCCGUACCGAGAAAACGUUCACCGUGUCCGUUAGCCACAGUAGAAGAGUGUAAUGAAGUCAAAGAAGCUCCUAACAAAUCGUCUCACGAUGCAGCAAUGCAGAUUCCUAUAUUGAAAGAGUCACACGUUUGUGAAGAGCUGAAGAAUAAAGAUAUCGACAAGUUCGACGAAACAUCUUUGUGGGUGAAUAAAAAACAGCUUCGUACGAUAUGCAGCCCCGAAUCCUGCAGACUUUGCGGGACACAUACAGCAGAGAACGUCACGUGCGACAUGGGUAACGUCGACUUAAUGACAUCUCAUCAGCAGUACACUAUGAAGAUGUCGGAAAAUCUCGUCUCCUGCCGGAAACUAAUACAAACGCUGAAGCAAAACGAGGCGGCGGUCGAAACCACAAACGCCCAAACUACUGCAAGUCUCCGAGAGUUAGGGGGCUCAAAACAAGCAGAACAUAUAUCAGCAAGGCAAAGUGUUUCGAAUAGAAGCGUGCCCAGCAAUAUACACUCCAUUUAUAACAACACUGUGGAACAGAUAAGGAACUGUUCGGAGCAAAAAGUGAAGCCAAAUGAAAGCUACCCACUACAGAAUUGUUCUUACUCCUCCCCAUGUAGUAACAUUACUAACGCAGCAUUAAACGCUAGCUCUGAAAAUAAACUCAAAAAAGCUUCAAACAAAUCCGGGAGGUUGUCAGGAAUACCUAGACUCAAAAAACACGCAAACCAAAAUCGUGUAACAACUUCAAAAAUGACGCCUGACAAUUACACACAGGAGAGGGCUGCGGAGUUGCCAGUUAAAGUUUUAACCUGCGAAGACUAUUGUAUGAUUUCUAGGGACUCGGAGUUGUCAAUGGGGGAAAAGUCGUUCUCAAAGAAGCAAAGCAUCCAAUCAAAUGAAAGAGACAACAUCAAAACACAGGCCAGUUUUUUCAAGCCGAAAAUAAAAGAAAAAAUAUUACAAAAAGAGAAUAGAAAAAACCUGGCUCUUCGUACAAACGUUACAUUUCGGAAUGGCAAAAAAAUGAAAACUUCCGAAGACGCACACGAGCAAUCAGUUAGCACCAAAAACCACGAGAUUAUCAGCAAACGAAAGUUACCUAAAUACUGUCGAUUUCUAGAGAAGAAAUACACCAUUCAUCUCGAUACUGCCAAACCGACGGCUAGCUAUCCCGUGUGUGGGAGUCUUGAGUCGCAGAGUCUCAACAAUACCUCUUGCGAGAGAACAGAAAACUAUGUUUUUAUCAACAAAACUGAAGGAAAUAAAACCAAGAAAAACAGAUCAGAAAGCUUAUUCAAACUGCAUUCCAGAAAAUUCAUCAAAGAUGAAAUGCUUUUACCUCAUCCUAAACGUAGGCCUGAAGACUUGGAAAAGCGAAGGAAAAAAUAUCAAGCGAUGCUGCCUGCGACAAAAUGGAGGACCGAUGCUCACCAAACAAUGUGUCGUCAGAAAGCGAACACCAAAAUCCUCGACCAGUUGAUGAACCAAUACAAUGACUCGUACGCCAACACUAAAGUGAGUCAUCAAAACGACUUGAGACCCAGCAGCCCCAAAGGAAUCCUCGAAAAGAAAACUGAGAACCUCCUAAGAGGGAAAGCAUCACACAAGUCACGUGAUCCGCUAGGUGAACAGGAGCCAAAAGAGACCAAGCCAACAAAAACAAAAGCCACGAAUCAAAAAGUUGCCCAGAAAGUUCAUGACGCGAAGACAAGGAAAGCCAGAAAUCAUAAAGGCAAGCCCGAAAAAAGUAGAACUCUGCAUGAGAUUUUGCACUUAGAAGAACAUCCGACACAAGAUUCGAAUGCUUCAAGUCACCAAGCAAGUCUCAAAGAGGAAAAAAAGUCACGAGAGUCUGUCAAGAAGCAUAACAAACAAAAACAAAUGUUUUUUUCCGAUCAGAGUCCGAUGAAAGUGUCAACUAAAUUAACUAAGAAAAAUGUCUCGGCCUUAUCAGUGUCCACAAAAUCAGAUAUUACUGAAAGAAAAAUUAAAAGACCGACGCACACUGACGAAGAUUUACAAACUUUAGAUACUCAUAAAAUAAAGCAGAAAGCGAGCUCGCUGCGCAAAGUGAUGGCAGACUCAUCCAACGAACACAAUUCAAGAGAAUGUGAUCGCUCCACCACUAUGCCAACUACAGAGGCCGAUAUGCAUGUCUCCCCCAAGCCUGAGAAAAAGUCAUCGGAGAAAAAAAUCGACUUUCAAAGGAUCGACAAAGAAGAGACAGCUACCGAAGCAGACGAUGGCAAUAACGACAAACCGUCGUUCGGCCAAGAGAUCUUAAGCAGUGAGCCUAUACAAAAACUUUUAAAAGAUAUUCACACCAACGAACAGGACGCUCUGAUCCAGAGACUGAAGCUGUGGAUACAACAACGUCAAAGCCACUCAGACAACGAGUCCAUGGCAAGCACUGAUACAGUCAUCGGCAGGGAGAUAGAGCACUUAUUAAAGAUACUAAUUAAUUCUCUGGAUCCUAAUAAACGGAAGCAAAUGUACUACUCAACGGCCCAUCCAAUUAUGGAGCCACUUGACAGAAUUCUAGAAGAAGAAGAGAAGAGCCAAACUUCCGCAGCUGCAGCUCAAAGUGAUGUCAAUGAUACAUCCAAGGAAAGACACCGUAAGGCAACCGUUGCCAGCAAAGAAGAAAAUUCCAGACAUUUCUUUAAAGGUGAACGAUAUUUUCGGAAGGCUACGACAAGUAUGGACUUGAAGAAAACCCGUUUAAGGCGUCCGGGGUAUCGCUCAGGACUGCAUGUUCGAGAUGCUAGGAUCCGUUUGUUUAACCAAAUAGCGGCUACGGAAGCGCUGUACCAGGAGUUUAAGAAAAUGCGGGAACAGCAAUUCGGAUAUUACGAAAACUCCGACAAGCUCUCGCUAGACGCUGUUAGUGAGGACCGCAGAGAACGCACUGCUAAAAAAGGUCAAAAGGAAGCGUUCACAGAGAGUGAUGCUAUACAUCUGGAGGGGAGCCCAAAUCUCUCAACGAAAGCGGAUAGAAACACUAGCCGGUUUGAACACUAUAACGUUUUUACCAGUAGGUAUUGUAACAGGAACGAUUGGGAGAAAAAUGAUUUAGCUAGACAUUAUCCAUCAGCGAGCACCGUCAGCUGCUUCGAGGUAGGAGCAACAUAUGCGGCCUCUGCAGGACACGAUGUCCCCGUUCAAACCUCCAGUCAAAUUGUUUAUAAGAAAAGGGGAAAAAGAGAUGAAUCCUUGCGAUCCCUGCCUGGGGAUCUGCUUAUGGCCUCGAGUACGUAUUCCGGACCGUGGUCGCCUGUCUCAAGAGGCCAAUUAAGUGAUUUUAUGAAGACCAUUGACCUAGGUCAUGCCAAUCGAAGCUACAAUUUCUUCUCUCAGGAUGUACAUAAAGAAGGACGGGACGGAAAGGAUGAUAAAUGCUCCAAUAGUUCUGCCGAGAUCAUACUUAGUUGGCUGGCUAGGACCCCAGAUAUAGAUAUCUCAGUUGACCGAGGAGCCGUCAGAAAAGAAAACAGUCCGGGAAUGACUAGAGGAGACAACAGCAACGCAUCCGUCAGCGUGCCAUUGCCUUUGGCAACAACGGAUGAAGUCAUAACAGAUGAAACAAGCUCUCCCUGGUUGGAGAACCUCAGGAAGAAAAGCGUUUCCCCGUUGAACCUCAAAGAUCUGGACUGCAGCUUAGCUACACAGUGUGCUUCCUUUAGAACUAGGGCCAGACAGAUCUCAAACAUGACUGAUAACCUCAACACUUGGCCCGUGGGGAAAUCUGUGCUGAGAUCGUCAACUAAAGCUGAAGCCGAGGCUGCCAACCCCCAGAGUGCUUUGGAAAAAGAGAAGCGAACAUAUGGGCAUUCAAACCAUAAACUGGACAGGUCGGGGAGAAAAUUAGAUUACACUUCGGAGAAUCGCAAUCUCAAGAAAGAUUCUGGUGUGGUUUUUAGUAGAAAGGAACAAAACGAAAGCUUCAACAACCGUCUGGGCAAAAACAGGCUGUCAAAACUAAGAUAUAAUUCAUCGAAAAGGCAGCAGUCUUUUAAGCUGGAAUGCAUUCAUCCCCCGCGGCUAAAUUCUGCAAUAACUCACACGUCAUAUUCUGGCAUUACCUCGAAAUGUUUUGGCGCGCCAAUGGAUCGUUUAGAGUUAGCAGACGAUGAAUGUACUGGAACUGUAAACUACCCAAGCAGCUUUAUAACACUAAACCCUUCUAACCACGCAGCAAACGAGGUACUCGAGUCUCGAGGCAGUUUGAUCUCUUGGGGUAACGAUUGUACAACUAAGGAACUAUUUUUUGAUUCGCCAGAAACAAGCCCUAGUGCAACCAAAAAGAACAUGACGGCCAACUGUGCUGGUGAGAUCACAAAAGUGGGGAAAGCGGAGCUGUCGUUAGAGUACCACAUGAGCGCGCAGGCGGCGUCCUGCAGUGAAAGACAAGGUACUGAAGAAACAAAGAAGAGCGGGAAGUCAGAUGAAUCAACAGUUAGCCGAGCCAGUUUAGACUGGUACAAGCCCUCCACCUUAAACAACGACGUCUCAUCUCGAGCCCCAGGCCCCGAAUCAUCCUUUAAAAUCAAUGGUAGUGAUCAGAUUGGGGCAAGAAGCUCCUUUCUAAAUACGGAGGGUGACACUUGCCCUGCUGUUGAAAGUGAUGCCCCGCUAGAAUCUCUCUCAUCUAGCGCGGGAAAACGUGAGCAUGGCACGCACACAAAUGACACAGCAGAUGCGGGUUUGACAGUUGAAAGCAACGAAGCGUUGCACAUGAAAGAAAAACACACGAUCCGCUCGUCGAGGGAACAUGAAAUUUCACACUUCGCCUCCAGAGAGGUCAACUGGAAAACGUGUGAGUACUCGAAUGAAACGCUAAACAGAAACUAUCACGAGAGCCAAAGAAAAAACCCAUCGUGCCAUAUCCAGCAUUCCAAUAGUAGACCUGUUUAUCCAAGAAGUGACAUUACUGGGGACGUUGUAGUCCAAGACAUUGCUACUAGUAGCCUUUGCUCUACUUCACGUGGACGGAAUGAACCAUGCCAAUAUCGACACGCAGUAAAUGUUUUCAAUUGUGACUCGGAUAAGAUUAAUCUGAGCAAAGUUGAGUUGGACGGUAUCGAUAUCCACGAUGCUACCAGACGCCAUCAAGAAUACCGAAACGCGAUUGGUGGAUUAAAACGAGACCGGAAAACGUUUAUGGAGGAUGUUCUGUCCAAGAAGUCUACGUUUUCAAAGUACGAGCUUCGUGACCGGGGCAAAUAUUGUUCAUUUACGUACACACCGGAAGUAAACAGAGGACAAGGCUUCAGUUCUGGGGGUGUCUUGUCCACUUCAGGCAGCAGCAAAUCUCUGCGUCAAGCUUCUGACCUUGGUUUAGUGUCACGCACUGGUUACCGUUACAAGACGCUCGUUACCGACUUGACGCAUUUGGAUAUCGCGUCAGAUAGAGAAAGACAUAAACGCAUCUCACAUAAUCAAGGGGAGCCACUCUCAUCCAUACCGACUAGAACUGGGCGAUCGACAAUACCCACAAUGUCCAACUUCACUAAGUCGCAAAGUGACUCACUGGAACAGUCUCACUAUGACAAGCUUCUCACAAAGGAGUCUCACUUGGACGACAUAAACGAUCCCUCUGAUCCGUCCACAUCGUCACGGCAGCGGUCCAAACACACUACCGGCUUCUCCUACCUUUAUUCCGCCAAUGUAGACAGUGGGAUCGGACUGGACAACAGCACUGGACAAAUGGCCCAGACAUCAACUUUGAUUCGAACAAGACGACCUCAAAGGCACACCAUGGUGGGGCAGAUAGUAAAAAUGUUUGAGAAACGCCUGCAGUUUAAACCAGUGCCGAAUUAUUGACAAUGAUAAUGUGUCAUGUAUAGAAUCUAUACCAGAGUGUGUCAUUCUGAGUGAAUUGUGUACACAUAGCACAGCACUCAUACAGCUUAGUACUUUAUAUUUUAAUCACCUUACAUCACUAGACAUUCUAUCAUUUACAUCAUUUUACUUCAGGGCAUACUGUAAGCACCUAAAAAGAUGAACAAUGACAUUUUAAUUAGAUUGAACAAGUCCUGCUGAAAAAGAAAUCCACACGCUCAAACAUACUGACAACUGAAAACUAAGACAACUAAAGAUGUAAAUGUUUGAUUAAAAAUUUGGUGCGCUGUAAAUACUUGAGACAUACAUAAAAUAAUAUAAAAGUGUCUAGAAACAAAAUUAAAAUGUAAAGCUCUUAGUACUAGACAAUCGAAUGUGAAGACCUUGUGUGACAGAUCACAUUUUGUACACUAAAACAUUACUGCUUCUAACCCUUGACCACAGCUUAGUUUACCGCAUGAUGAGUAACUCUGCAGGUUAGGUGUACAAGAGAGGGAUAGGUAGCUUCCCCUUACUCCCCCCCCCUCCCAGUAAAAAGUAACUUCACACUGCACAAUGAGGGUUUUCAGGUGGCCGAGUAGAUUUUGCUGACUGUCACAGCGUGAGGUCGAACUAAGGAUCAUCAAUGGAAAAUGUAAAGUUCGUUUAAAUCUCUCUCUCUCCCUCUCUGUCCUUUCUCUCUCUCCCUCUCUCUCUCCCUCUCUCUCUCUCUCUCUCUGUUGGCUAGAUAUCCUCGAUCUAAUGUCAGUAAAUUAUGUAGCAUUUUUUAUAAACACAAUAAAUAAAAUAAAGUAAAGAAUAUCAAAGAA